AUGCUACGUGGAAAAGUAGAUCCAAAAAAAGAAGAGCAGGAAAGACUGCAAGGCUUUUUGUUGGAAAUGUUAAAGGAGGAAGAGAAUAAGUAUUGUGCAGAUUGUCAAGCAAAGACUCCUAGAUGGGCGGCUUGGAACCUUGGGGUUUUUAUAUGUAUUCGUUGUGCCGGAAUUCACCGUAACCUCGGUGUUCAUAUCUCAAAAGUUAGGUCAGUAAACCUUGAUUCAUGGACACCCGAACAAGUGCAGACAAUGCGAGUGAUGGGAAACGAGAAAGCUCGCCAUGUAUACGAGCAUGAUCUUCCUGCUCAGUUCCGACGACCAACCAACGAUCAGCAAAUGGAACAAUUCAUUCGAAGCAAGUAUGAGCAAAAGCGGUAUAUUCUUCGCGAUUUCGUUUAUCCAACAGUCAAUGCUAGUGAGUUGCCGAAAUCUCUGGCACAAGCUUCGAAAAAAAAUGGAACGCCAGUGGUCAGCAUAACAACUCGUGGAAACACUGCUAUAACUAGUAAUGGACAUAGUUCUGCUAGCCCCUCCGCAGCUCCAUCGCUACUUGAUUUCUCUGAUCCACCUGCCCCCACAUCGGCCACUAAAAACUCUGUCAAUUUCUUCGACGAAUUUGAAGGACUGAGUCUUAACAAUUCGGUUUCAACUGCUGCACCACCCACUCAUGCAUCUAAUGACGAUUUUGAUGAUUUUGGAUCAUUUGUAUCAGCGAACGCACAAUCAGCAGCGGCUACAGUUCCAACGAUCGCUGCUUUCGCCGACUUUUCAUCUGCUACUACUACAACUUCAUCAGCAGUGCCUUCUUCAGGACUUAGUGAUCUUACUUCUCUGGCUUCCCCCGAAAAUGGAGGAGACAAGAAAAAGACCAAUGCCGACAUUCUGUCGCUGUUUGGGCCAUCUGGAGGGGUUGCUGCUUCUAACGUAGUGGCUCCUGGUGGCUUCGCUGGAUUUGGGUUGCAAGCAGGCCCACAGCAGUCACAAGCUCCUCAAAACUCAUUCCCAGCAUUUGGAACACCACACGUUCAACCACCACAAAAUGACAUGUUCGGUGGACUUUCGGGAAUUAAUUUCGGAACACCUUCGGCAGCUCCCCCUCAAAUGACUAUGUCCCACAAUCCUCCGCAAAAUUUUAGUUCCGCAUUCGCAUCGAUGUCAUCAAAUCAAAGUCAACCAUCAUUCAGUCCCAAACCCACCCCAACUUCUCCAACCAGCUCGCAAGGCUUCAACAUCCCAAAUAAAUCGAAUGCAUUCGCUGAUUUGGCUCUCGGGAAGGUUAUGAAAACGAAUUAUGGACAAAGUGCACUGCAUUCUACGCCGACCUCUUCAUCCGUCAAUCAUAUGUAUUCUAUGCCAAUGUCCACGUCAUCUUCUUCCAUGGGGACUACAACUGCGACCAACAACGAUUUGUUCGACAUGUUCGCAUCAGCUCCACCUCCAGUACCUGUAACUGUCAAUUCUUCUUCCGGUUUGGAUGACUUGUUAGGACUCUAG